AGAACAGACCAACUGUCACAACGUAACCGAAGUGACGUGUGCUUCGCUCGGUAUGCAUGCGUAUGUUAUAUGAACCGUAUGAAUGUCGUCUGCGAUCUGAUUUAGUUUGAUAUCAAUAGUAUCACUGAUUAUUUCAUCACCAGUAGUACUCUAUCGUGCGAAAUAUGUCAAAGUACGCAUGUGUUUUUAUUCUCUUUCUAUGCAGUCUCAAAUUUGGGACUGGGCUGUAUUUUCACAUUGGUGAGACAGAACGAAAAUGUUUCAUCGAGGAAAUUCCCGACGAUACUACGGUUCUAGUAAAUUAUAAAGUGGAACUUUACGAUCCUAGAAGCGGAGGUUUUAUGCCAAGCAGUCCUGGCAUUGGAAUGCACGUCGAAGUAAAGGAUUCAGAUGAUAAACCUAUACUCUCUAGAGUUUACAGUUCAGAAGGACGAAUCUCCUUUACCUCACACACACCAGGAGAACAUGUUAUUUGUCUAUAUUCUAACAGCAGCGCAUGGUUCAGUGGUAGUCAAUUGAGAGUACAUCUUGAUAUUCAAGUAGGAGAGCAUGCAAUCGAUUAUGCUAAUGUGGCACAGAAGGAAAAAUUAUCAGAGCUUCAGCUUAGAAUACGUCAGCUCCUCGACCAAGUUGGUCAAAUAACCAAGGAACAAAAUUACCAAAGGUAUCGAGAAGAACGCUUCAGACAAACAUCAGAAAGCACUCAUCGUCGUGUGUUUUGGUGGUCCAUUACUCAGACUGCAGUUGUAGUGAUUAUGGGCGCAUGGCAAAUGAAACAUUUGAAGAGCUUUUUCGAGGCAAAGAAAUUAGUUUAAUCAAUAUGAUAUAAUUUGUUUAUUUAAGCGAAGAGAAUUGGUGAUUGAAAACAAAAAAAUAGCUUCACACAAUGUUACAACAUAUACACAAUAUUAAAAAUAAUUAUUCAAUA